GACACAACAUCAUCUUUCAGGUCCAACAAUGGAAGAGAUCUUCGAGCACAAUCGAGGGCUGUAUGCCGAACCGAACUUCUCAUUCGAGGACACGUUUUGUCGUGAGAUUACAUCGUGUAUGGAAUAUGAACAAGAUUCGAAUGCUAAUAUGCGCCACAAAGGAGGACAAGAAAGAAUGUACAACAUAGGCGAGGAAAACUCGAACGCCUGCGACGGACCAGAGAAUAUGUCACUAAAUAGCAAUACUUCAGAACAGUGCAGUAUUCACGAACUGCAGACAAUGAAAAGAGGAACAAUAAUGGCAACCAAGGAAAAUACUUCAUUUGAGGACGAAAUGCUACAGAGUUACACCGAGAUAUUUUCAUACGAUUCCAGUCCUUGUGAGGAUAGCGGUUCUUGUGAGCAGUCCUCUGGUGGCACGUGGAGCAGUGCUGACGAUGAAGUAAACAAUGGCUUAGGUUGUCCACGUGUCCGUUUAGAACCCAUGAAAAGAAUUCGACGGCUUCGCGCCAACGAUCGAGAACGCAGGCGAAUGAGGUCACUGAACCGGGCGCUUGAAAGUCUUAAGAAAUGCAUUCCCGUGCCACAAAGCAAACGAAGGGUUACCAAGCUUGAGAUUUUAAGGAUCGCUUGUAGCUAUAUCAGAUCGCUGUCUGACACUUUAAGGGGUGAAGCAACUGGAGCCGGCAACGCAUUCAGGAAAAGGAAUAGAACUGAAACUGUUGUGAAUGGGUUUUCAGUGGCUCAGAGACUUGAGAUCUUAUCUAGUAAAGUAGCCACAGCUAUUUGACUCAACCACCGCAAAACACUUUGACUUGUAUAUUUAUUCAAAAUGAGAGAUAUUAAGUCUCAUCAUUG